AUGACUGUGGCAGCAGCAGUGGCAGCAGUUGUGGAGCUGCAGCAACGCGGGAGCCACGGGAGCACGGCGGCCGCUGAGCAGGCGACAGCCCUGGUGGGAGCUGUGGCAGAGUGGCGGUCCAGGCGGUCGCCACAGUGCUGCAGCAUGGGUGACAGCAAUGACAAGCAGCAGCAGCGGUGGCAUGAUGAUUCUGCAAAUAAUAAUGGUUUGAUUAAUGAGGACAAGGGACUCUGGCUCAGUGCUGUGGAGUUGUAUCUUGCCAAACUACAAUGCAUAAAAAGGAUCCAAGCAGCUAGGAAGAUCCAGGUCUUCUGGCAAGGAUUCCUGGUAUGAUGAACUCUGCUUACCGCUGCCCUCCAUGCCUGGGUAAUUCAGUGUUGGUGGAGAGUCAUCCUGCACAGACAGAUGCAGAGACGACGGCUUGCCAUGCUGAGGAUAUAUGCAAUGGAAGAAGAGGCAGCAGUCAGGCUCCAGUCCUGGGUUUGCAUGUGGCAAUGCCACCAAUGUUUCUGUCAGAUGUGCAAUACACUCUGUGUGGUCCAGCCUCUCAAUAACAGCUUCACUUUUGGGAAUGAUGACAUUUUGCAGGUUCAGUGUGAUGUCAUUUCUAAGCAGCCAGAGUUCCACAUUGAAAUCCUAUCAAUCUGA